CCGAGACCCGGUAAAGACCAUUGAAGGUCCCUGAAGAAGCAACGCUGCACCUGAGGAGUUCAGAAGUUUUUCUGUCUUCUAAUUAGGAAACUGUCACCAUGGGGAUGUUGACCAUCCUUCUACUGCUCAGUGUUUUCUUUGUUCUGGGCGAUGCCAACGAAAUUAUAUCUGCAAAUAAUCUGCAACCUCAGACGAAUCUGAAUAUUAAAGUUGAGGAACCGAAGAAACAGCAAGAUAUUAAAUUGGGGAAAGAUGGCAAGCAGAGAUUCAUCUCUUCGCAUGAACGGGGUAGCAAGGAGAGAUACUUUUCCAGGCGUUACCGGAGUAGCGAGGAGGGAUACUUUCCCAGGCGUUACCGGAGUAGCGAGGAGAGAUACUUUCCCAGGCGUUACCGGAGUAGCGAGGAGAGACACUUUCCCAGGCGUUAUCGGAGUAGCAGUGAGGAACAAAUACCUUGGUCUGGGUCGAAAAGCGAGGAAGACGGCGUUGAACUGCGAGGUCGGAAAAGUCUGAGUCACUUCAUAAGGAACCUGAGACGUCACCUGCGAAUAAAGCCUAACCACAGAGUCUGCCCCCACGGCUGGCACGGACACGGGACUCACUGCUACCACUACGUCCCGUUCAAGGCGUCAUGGACAAAGGCUGAGAGGAACUGUCUGCUCUUAGGUGGAAACCUGGCUUCAGUACACGGACCUCACCAGUAUCAUUUCCUUCUGUCCGUCAUUGAGAGGAGCAGCAAGAAAGACCAGCGAACCUGGGUUGGAGGGAACGAUGCCGUCCAUGAGGGGUUUUGGGUCUGGAGUGACGGGUCCAGGUUCCACUACCAAAACUGGAGCAGAGGGCAGCCCUCUAAUUCCAGGGGCCAAUAUAGGAUGAGGGAGAACUGCAUGGAGAUUAACUAUGGAGCCGACCGCGGUCAGAAUGAUGCCUGCUGCCGCCAAAAACAUCCCUUCCUGUGUUCUAGAAAGAUGUGAUUUCUACAUUUUGGGAUAGAAACUACAUCGAAUAGGCUCCCAGAACAUGGGAUUAUUUAAAAUAAAGCCACGUUUUGCAAUAUUGCCUGUUUCUUAGUGGUCAUUUCUACCAAACUCAACCUG